AUGUCUCUUCUAAGGCAAGCAGCAUUCUCCUUACUACGCACAUCUAGAUGUAUGCCUCAGCAACGCUGCAUGAGCCAGCAAGUUUCAUCAAGUGCCACACGAUUUGUGGAAAGGCCUGGCGAGAGUGUUGAGCAGAAGCGCUCGCGUUUGCUCUAUCAGAGUAGAAAGCGUGGCAUCCUGGAGAACGAUUUGCUGCUGGGAACGUUUGCUUCCAAAUACUUGGCGAAGAUGAGUGCAGAUGAGCUGAAUGACUAUGAUCACAUCAUCAACGAAGGUGCUAAUAAUGAAUGGGAUUUGUACUAUUGGAUGACUGGCAAUGCUGAGACACCGGAGAAAUACCAGACGAAAAUGAUGGCUCGUUUGCAGGAGCACGCAAAGAAUGCUGACAAGGAGUCAAGACUCCGCCAGCCAGAAAUCUGA